AUGUUUCUUACUACUAAUUCAUCACUUCUCCUACUGGUAUACAACAAUGAUGUUAUAUUAUUACUGUCACAUAACCUAAGCCAAUCACCUUCACCACUUCCUCCAACACCAGCACACCAACAAUUAUUUCAUCAAAAUAUAUCAUCACCUGUAAUACCAAAUCCACUAUCCAUUGGUGGCAGAUCUCAAAGACUAAUAUCACCAUCAUUGCCUAUUGUCAAUAACGACAACAAUAAUAAAAUCCAAUAUAGAGAUACAAAUGAUGUUAGUGAUUUUAGUAAAAAGUCAGGAGCAUUCAACACAGUAGGUGUAUCAAAUAUAAAUCGUGAUCUAGUAUUUACUGGAGGUUGUGACGCUUCAAUUUUUUCUUGGAGACCUUCUGAAAAUCCAUAUAAACCUACAAAAGUUGUUGUUUGUAAUACUGUUGAUAAUACUGUUGAUAAUACUGUUGAUAAUACUGUUGAUAAUACUGUUGAUAAUACUGUUGAUAAUACUGUUGAUAAUCUUGUUAAUGCUGAUAAUCUUGUUGACAAUACUAUUGAUAAGAUCGCUGGUAAUGUUGUUGAUAACAUUAUUGAUAAUAUCGUUGAUGAUACUGUUGAUAAUAAGGUCGACAAUAAUGCUAUUGAUACUGCUGAUAAUAAAGUUGAGAAUAAUUCUGUUAAAGAAGCUGUUGAUAAUUUUGUUGAUAAUUCUGUUAAUGGUGCUGUUGAUAGUUCUGUUAAUGAGAUUGUUGAUAAUAAGGAAUUUAUUAGUCGAAAGUCAAGAUCAUAUUCCACUAAAAAAAACAAAAAAUUAAAAACUAUACUUCCAAAAAGUUUUUACCCGGUAAAACGUAAACUACUACAGUAUGAAUGUUUCGAAAUUGCUAGUAAGUUGUAUGGAGGUGAUGUAAAAAUUGCAAUUAAUUUUAUAAAAGAUUAUGACGAAAAAGGGAAAGGUUCUUCCGAAGAAAAUUUUAGUUACGAAGCAUCAUCGUUUUUUAAAAGUGUUUUUUUCGGAGAAAAGCAAGAUGUUAGGAAAGUGUUGGGGGAAGAAGCAUUAUCACUCGAUAGUUCUGAUGAUACAGUUAAUUUCGGUAAUAUGGAAAUAAAUGCUAGUUCAGCCUUACAUUUAUGGACUAAUAAUAUAGCAGAAUUUAUUGAUCUGCAUGAUGAAAAAGAGGAAUUUUCCGUAAAAGAUUGGAUGGUUUUAGCACUUAGUCCUUCAGUUGGAAAAGAUGUUUGGGAAGCUUUAAUACGGCGGUUAGCACAAAAACUUGUAAAUAAGAAUAAUUAUCAUGGUGCAGUGAUGUGUUUAUUGGCCUGUGGUGAAACACAUCAAGCAGUUAAUAUUUACGUUAAUGCAAAAAUGUAUCGAGAAGCUAUUGCUUUAGCCAGAUUACGACUUAGUGAAAACAAUCCUAUACUAUUUGAUCUAUAUUCUUUAUUAGCCGAACAACUCGAAAAGGAAGAAGCUUAUGAGCAAGCUGCAAUAGGAGAUCCUUCAGCCUUACGUGCAGCAACAGCAUUAGCAUUGAUGGUUCGACAUGAAUCUUAUAAUGAAAGAUUGUCAAGGUGGAAGAAAUGUCAAUAG